AUGCAUCGACACUCUCUGGAUCAUUGCACGUACCUUCUUCAACGACGAUUGUUUGUCAACGAAACCGAUCCUAGCUUCGCCACGAAACUGCUUAGGAAGGAACCAUUGCCAACGUUAAAUCAUGUAGUGGAGAAGAAUGAAGAAGGUGUGUUCCAUAGUUGGUAUUCCCCGAACGUAUUGCGAAUGAGACUAACAGACGACAAAGAGCCUAAGAGGCAACAGGCCGUUGCCAUGACAAUUCAAGAGCAAAUCGAGCUCAUCAACACCGUUCUCCCCAACGUGUGCGCCAAUGACGACCCAGGUUAA